CUGCGGCGAGCCCUGCGCGGGCAGGUGCGGCGGCGGGCGAGGCCGCUGCCCUGCUGGGGGUCGGCUCACGGAGGCUUCUUCAAUGGAAGUAUGUUACCAGCUGCCGGUGCUGCCGCUGGACAGGCCGGUGCCGCAGCAUGUCCUCAGCCGCAGAGGGGCCAUCAGCUUCAGCUCCAGCUCCGCGCUCUUCGGCUGCCCCAACCCCCGGCAGCUCUCGCAGAGACGUGGAGCAAUUUCCUAUGACAGCUCUGAUCAGACUGCGUUGUAUAUUCGUAUGCUAGGCUCUUGUGUAAUAUUCAAACAGCUGAGCACAAGAGAUGUGCGAGUAAGAAGUCGGGCAGGAUUUGAAACAGAGAGAAGAGGUUCUCAUCCAUACAUUGAUUUCCGUAUUUUUCACUCAAAUUCUGAAAUUGAGGUGUCUGUUUCUGCAAGAAAUGUGAGGCGGUUGCUCAGUUUCCAGCGAUACCUGAGAUCUUCCCGUUUUUUCCGUGGUAUCACUGUUCCAAAUUCUUCAAACAUUUUAGAUGAUGACUAUAAUGGACAAGCAAAGUGUAUGCUGGAGAAGGUUGGAAAUUGGAAUUUUGAUAUUUUUCUUUUUGAUAGACUGACAAAUGGAAACAGUCUAGUCAGCUUAACCUUUCAUCUGUUUAAUCUUCAUGGACUAAUUGAACACUUCCAGUUAGAUACGAUGAAACUUCGUAGAUUUUUGGUUAUGGUUCAAGAAGAUUAUCACAGUCAAAACCCUUAUCAUAAUGCAGUUCAUGCUGCUGAUGUGACUCAGGCCAUGCACUGUUACUUAAAAGAGCCCAAGCUUUCAAAGUCCUUAACUCCAUGGGAUGUUCUGCUUAGCUUAAUAGCAGCUGCCACACAUGAUUUGGAUCACCCAGGCGUUAACCAACCUUUCCUAAUUAAAACAAACCAUUACUUAGCAACUUUAUAUAAGAAUACCUCAGUAUUAGAGAACCAUCACUGGAGAUCAGCAGUGGGGUUGCUGAGAGAGUCUGGUUUAUUUGCACACAUGUCAUUAGAAAACAGGCAGCUGAUGGAAAGCCAGAUAGGUGAUCUCAUUCUUGCCACAGACAUCAGUCAGCAAAACGAGUAUCUGUCCAUGUUUCGAUCCCAUUUGGACAGAGGAGACCUAUGUUUAGAGAACGCCAACCAUCGUCACUUCAUUUUACAGAUGGCUUUGAAGUGUGCUGAUAUUUGUAAUCCCUGUCGGACGUGGGAGCUGAGUAAGCAGUGGAGUGAAAAAGUAACAGAAGAGUUCUUCCAUCAAGGAGAUAUUGAAAAAAAAUACCACUUGGGUGUGAGUCCGCUUUGUGACCGACAGACAGAAACUAUUGCCAACAUCCAGAUCGGUUUUAUGACCUACUUAGUGGAGCCACUGUUUGGGGAGUGGGCCCGUUUUUCAAACACGAGGCUGUCGCAGACAAUGCUUGGCCACCUGGGACUGAACAAGGCCAGCUGGAAGGGAGUGCAGAGGGAACAGUCUGGCAGCGGUGAUGAUGUUGACCCCACUUUUGAGGAAAUGGACUCAGACAUAUUACCUCAGGAACCUCGAUUGUCCUGACCUCAAUCUUCAUGACAAAACUGCCUCUUCUCUUUGGUAUCUGCACGGUUUGGAUUAAAGGAGAUAACUUGCCAGCUCAAGGUUUUUUUGGUAAAAUGGUAAAAUGAUGCCAGCAUUAUUUAUUUCCAAGUUUUCCUUUGACACAGACCAUUUGAACCAGAAUUUUUUUAGACUGCAAGAUCUGAACAUAGAGCAAUAUGCAUAUGCCUCAGUUGGUUUUCGUUCGGAACCUUGAAUAUGCAAAGCACAGCAGUGACCGAGCCUUGGAGGAACAGCACGAAAGCUUCAUUGUGCCACCUGGCUUUAUGGUUUUGUUGUUUUUUUUUGUUUUGGGUUUUUUUUUUUUGUGACAUUUGGAAUAUGGUCUUCAAAUCUAAGACUUGAGAUGGAUUAUUCCACUUUCUUGGAAUUUAGCAAGACUUGCAUAAAUGUGUUCAAAGCAUACUUUCCUUCCACUCAGUCCCUGUUUUAAUACGGAAAUGUGAAGUGCCCAUCCUCUGCUGCCUCUGGCAAGACUUGAUGUUUACAAAUGUACUCUGAAACUGUUGGUUCUAGACUUAACCUUUGCGCAUGGCUGUGAAGGAACCACUAACUCGGGUUUGGUUUUUGUUUGGUUGCUUUUUUGUUGGGUUGUUUUUUGUUUUUUUUUUUUUUCUUUUUUAAAAGAAAAAAAAAAAAAAGAUCAAAUUUGAGACUGCAGCUCUCGUUUCUUUGGAUGCCAGAAAAGCCUCCCAUUUGCCAUAAUUUUGUUUUGUUGUGCACUGGGAACUGAGCAUUCAUCAUAGAGCACAGCCAAGCUUUACUCCAGUGCUGUAUGGGAAUGCAAUUUUUUUUAACAGCA